AUGGCUCCACGAAGUGUCUUGGUAACUGGCGCCAACCGUGGCAUCGGCCUCGGUCUCGUCAAGACUCUUUUGAAGAACGAGAAGAUUGAAAUUAUAUUCGCCGGUUGUAGAAAUCCAGACGAAGCCGAAGUUUUCAGUAGGCAAUUUUCAGAAAAAAAAGACGAAUAUUCAGGAGUUGAAAGCUAUCAAAGACGGUCGUCUGCAUCUUGUCAAACUCGACGCCACCUGCGACCAAUCCAUCGAAGCCGCUUAUAAAGAGGUUUUCUCCCUUAAGUUGCUUUUCUUUCGAGCUAGUCCAACUCCAACUCAUUAGAAAACAUCAAAUUAAGGUUGACGAAGUGGUCGGAGAGAAAGGCCUCAACCUGCUGAUCAACAACGCGGGGAUCAACGUCAAGUACAGUUUCGAAGAGCCACCGAAGAGGCAAGAUAUCGUCCGCCAAUUCGACACUAACGUCUUCGGCAUCAUCGUCAUCUCGCAGACUUUUUUGCCUCUCUUGCGAAGAGCCGCUAAAGCUUAUGGCGGCGAUGACGUCAACGUCGACCGAUCCGCUAUCGUCAAUAUUUCUUCGGGAGCUGGAUCUAUAGGAAGCAAAGAACGUGGACCCAAAGACAAUAGUAUGCUGAUCUACCGCAUGAGCAAGGUCAGAAUUCUUUUUGAAGAUUUCACUAUUUUUUUUUUCUUGAAAUUGGCUGAUUUUUCCCAGAAUGGAAGGCGAAAUAAGCAAAUUGUGACUCGUUGCGAUCGCAAUGCAGUUCUUGAUGUUAAUGUUUAUUUCCUCGAAACGCAAUGCCAUGAACAAAUAAGAAAAUGACCGGAAGAACAUCGAAAAAACAAUAAAUUCAAGUUUAUAGUCUGUUCAGAUUUUGAAUGUCAAGCAGCUAACUCCACCCCCAAGGCUACAAUAUCUUUCGCGUCAAUGUUUUAUCUACAGAUGACGAUGGCCCUUUAAUAAGGCUGCAUUUUUGACUUCUUUUUCUAUCUUUUAGAUCAAAAAAGAUCAAAAUUAGUCCCGCGCGAAAAAAACAUCGACGCGAAAAGGUACCGUCUCAGCAGGAGUGGAGUUAGCUGGUUGACAUUCAAAAUCUGAACAGACUAUAAAUAAAAAGAGGCUUGCGUUGAGAAUUGCGUUUCCUACCAGAAGUCCGCAACGAAUAACCUUUAAAAUCACGUUUCGAUCUCCUUUCAAGUCUCGAAAAGUUCACGUUGCCUAAUACAAGUUUUCUGCUUUCUAGAUAACGAAAAAUUGAUAAAUGUAAAUGAAGUGAGAUUCUUAGAAUGUGAGAGACUUUUUUGAAUUUAUACAGUAAUUCUAAAGCCAUUCCUAGAAAAAUGUGUUCAGGCGGCGCUGAAUCAGUUCUCAAAAACGUUGUCGAUCGACGACUUCGCUAAUGAUCAUAUUCUGGUGGCCUCGAUCUGUCCUGGAUGGGUCCAGACCGACAUGGGCGGAGAUAGCGCUCUUUUAACGGUAUAAAAAUUUUGAACUUCUUAAUUACGAUUUGAAUUUUAGUUGGAAGAAUCUCUGCGUGACUUGGUGCCCACCAUUUUGCGGCUUCAGAAAGAGCACAAUGGCGGAUAUUUGGACCGCACUCUAAAAACUAUUCCUUUCUAA